AUGGGAGUAGAAUUUGUUAGAUUUCUGGGAUAUUCCAGUGACCGAUGUGGAUAUUGUGGUUUAGAAGGAGAGAGUCAUAGACAAGAUGUUGUUUAUAGCCCAGAAAAAGGAUUAGAAACCAUUGGAAUGUGGGCGUAUACAAUGAAAUGUCAGAAGAAGCUCUUAUUUCUUACCAGUCAGUAUUCUGAUACAAACAAGACAUAUGAAGUAUUAUUAAACCGAGGAUGGAGACGUUCUGGACAUUAUAUAUACAAGCCGAAUGGUAAGCGAUCAUGUUGUAAAUUAUAUACGAUUAGAUUAGACGUGGAGAAGUUUAAACCGAAUAAAAAUCAACGAAGAGCGGUUAAACGAUUAUAUCAACAUAUUUGGAAUAAAACAGUACCAGAAAAGCAAGGAUGGGAUUUGUUUGAUAUAAUACGUGAAAUAGAAACGGAAGAUAUGAUAGAUGAUAGAUCUAUAUUUUGUCAUAGAUUUAAAGUGACAAUUGAGUCGAAUGAAUAUACGGAUGAAAAAUAUGCAUUAUAUGUGAAUUAUCAAACAUAUAUACACAAAGAACCGGAAGAUCGAAUAAAAAAAAAAGGAUUUAUCAGAUUUUUGUGCGAUACGCCUUUAAAAUAUGAGCCAAAAACGGGGUGUGGUACAUUUCAUCAAUGUUAUCGACUUGAUGGAAGAUUAAUUGCUAUGGGAGUGAUUGAUAUUUUACCAGGAGGAAUAUCUAGUGUUUAUUUUAUGUAUGAAAACAAUAUACAAAAUAUGUGUUUAGGAAAAAUAAGCGCAUGUCGAGAAAUAAGUUUAGCAAGAGAAAGAAAAUGUCAGUUUUAUUAUAUGGGAUAUUAUAUUUAUAAUCAUCAAAAAAUGAAAUAUAAGGGAGAAUAUCAUCCAAGCGAGUUAUUAGAUCCAGAAACAUAUAAAUGGAUACCACUUAAAAGAUAUCUAGAGCAUUGGAAACUAGGUGGGUCAUUAUAUAUCUCAUUUCAUACUUUAGAGUCCACACCAAACAUAUUAUCGUCUAUGUGUGAUGUUUCCCAUCCAGAUUCAUUAUAUAUCGAGACUUUAGAAAACGAAACAACAAAACAUUCACAAAAGUAUAGAAAUAGUCUUUUUAAUUAUGAUGUCCCGGGCAUUUUAAAGGAAAACGAUGUUCAAAACCUUGAUCUUGAAAAAAUACUUGUUUUCGAAGAUAUGAGAAUCGUACCCGUAAGCCAUUCGAAAUAUUAUAAAUCUGAAGAAAGUGUUAGACAUAUGAUUAUGGAAAGUGUUUCUGCAGUAGGAAUAGAAUUAGCCAAAAAGUUAUGUUUUAUAAUCAAUAUAUAA